AUGUUUUUAGUUGCACCUAUUGAUGGAACUAUUAUUUCACAUUUAAUCUCUCAAGCUCGUAUAUCAAUGGAUUUAACAAAAAUAACAUUACCAACAUUUAUUCUUGAACGACGUUCUUUUCUUGAAAUGCUUGCUGAUUUUCUUGCUCAUCCUGAUGAAUUUGUUAAUAUAACUGAUUAUCAAACAUCACGUGAACGUUUUAUUCAAGUUGUUAAAUGGUAUUUAUCUGCAUUUCAUGCUGGACGAAAAAGUUCUGUAGCUAAAAAACCAUAUAAUCCAAUACUUGGUGAAACAUUUCAAUGUUUAUAUGAUAUUGGUUCAUCAUCUUCAAAUACAACAUUAGCAAAAGAUGGUCCUGUUUCAUGGGCAUUAGAUAAUAAUGUUACUUUUAUUGCUGAACAAACAUCUCAUCAUCCUCCAAUUGCUUCUUUUUAUGCUGAAUGUCCGGCAAAACAUAUUCAAAUAGAUGGAUGUCUAUGGACAAAAUCAAAAUUUCUUGGUCUAUCUGUUGCUGUGCAUAUGAUUGGUGAUGCAACAUUAACAUUACUUGAUCAUGAUGAACGUUAUGUUAUAACAUUUCCAAGUGCUUAUGGACGAUCGAUUCUUGGUGUACCUUGGUUUGAAAUGGGUGGUAAAAUAAGCAUUGAUUGUGAAAAAACAGGAUAUUCAGCAAAUAUUGAAUUUUUAACAAAACCAUUUUAUAAUGGAAAGAAACAUCAAAUACUUGGUACUUUAUAUGGUCCAGAUAAGAAAGAAUUUUGUAAAAUAGAUGGUGAAUGGAAUGGUGUAAUGAAUGCUAAAUAUAGUGAUAGUAAAAUAUCGGAAGUUUUUUUUGAUACAAAAAAAACGGCAGUUAUUAAAAAAAUUGUUCGACCAAUUGCUGAACAAAGUGAAUAUGAAAGUCGUCGUCUAUGGAAAGAUGUAACUUAUUAUCUUAAAUCUAAACAACUUAAUAAAGCAACUGCAGCAAAAACAUUUCUUGAACAACGACAACGUGAAGAAGCAAAAGAACGUAAUGAAAAAUCAAUUAAAUGGCAAACAAAAUAUUUUACUGAAUCGGGUGAAUUAAAAUGGACUUAUGAAAAUAAAUUAAUUAAACGUUUAAAACAAUAA